AUGGAAGCUCUAAAAGUAGCACUCGGAGUUUGCUUAUUUGCGCUGUUUUGUCUCGUAGAACAAGGCGAGAGCAUCUCAUGCUAUGAGUGCAACAGUGGUCCAGACAGGAAGUUCGAUGGCAAUGCAUGUGAAGAUCCAUUCGGUAUUCCCAACAGUUUCCUUGUCAACUGCACAGAAACUUACGGAGAGGGAUACAGCCUCUGCAGAAAAAUGGACCAAGACAUAAAAGGGGAUACCCGUACCAUCAGACAGUGUGCUAAGGGAGGCCCAGAGAAGUGUGUCCUACGUACUGGCACCCACAAGAUUAAGAUCCAGUACUGUCAGUGUUCCGGAGACGGCUGCAACUCUGCAUCAUCUCUCUCAAUCAGUGUAGCUACCCUAGGCCUAAUGUCUGCCAUCAUGUACCUCUUCUCUCAAUAAUAUAGGCUGAAUUUAGAGUAUUUUCUGAGCAAUAUGUUGUGACUGACUUGAUGAUUAACCCUUUCAUGGCUAUAUGUCUACCACCUGCAUUUGUAGUCAUGAAAGGGUUUACUUGGAUUUUAGAGUUUAUGUGUGUAUUAUCUCAACCAGAGAAACCUAAGGAUAAUAUA